AUGGGUACACUAUCGAGUGUCACAACUAUUAUGAACAACAAUAACAACGAGAACGACGUGUUUAUGGCGGCCUUCGAGCCGCUGGCCGUCGGCCGCAAGAGUGGCAAAAGGAGAUCAUCGAUCCUGAAGACCAUUGAAGCCAAUUACUGCGGCGAAGAGCGUCGCGCGUCCCGACGGAUCAGUUGGGCCCCCACUUACCAAUACAAGUAUGUCAUCUGCGAUACACCGCCCCUCUUAUCGCCCGUUUUAUUCAUUGUCUCAGAGCUCUUAGCCGACGGAACCGCUGUAAUCAAGUGUCAAGAGUUGAAUAGUCUUAAGGUGGAGGAUGUGGUGUCGCCGCCGUCGGAGACCAUUGAUCCGCCCGUCGAGCAGAAUGUCAUCAAAAGCUCUGAUUUUAUCAAUCGAUUGAAAGCCAAAUCCAAAGACAGGUCUGUGACGGGAGAGCCUUCAUCGGCGGCGGCGGCGCCAACGCUGCCCGAAGAGGAGGCCCCGUCUCAGGACUGUUCGCGACCCAAACGCAGCCGUAAGGGCAGCAGCAAAGGUCUGUCCAAGUAUUUGGCCAAACACUACGACACGGCUGUGGAGGACGACGUCGAGACAGUGUUCAACACCUCGUAUAACAAGUACGGCCGCGAAGUGGCGCCGCGAACCGACCAGAUCUCGGACUUCACGCAACUCUUCACCGACGAUAAUAACAUGAGUGUGACGUUUGUCGCGCCUCAAGACCUGACCUCCGCUGCCGUCAGCGGACAGACGGCCAGUCAGACCACUGACGCCAUGUCUAUCACGUUAUGCGAUCCGUCGAUGGUAUCGAUGAGUGUCUGCGACACCACUUCAACGCAAGACCACCAGAAGACUCGCUGUUUUACCGACGAAGGCCUCGACAUGACUUCUAAUAGCAGUGACGCCAUGGCUCUCACUCUUCAGACCACUAAUCAAAUCGAUACCGAACUCAGCGGUCGUUUAGAUCUCACUAAAUCUCCGGAUCUGUCAGAAGAGGUGAUACAAGAAUGCGAUGAGUUUGAGGCCAAACAAGAGGUCGAUAUAACCGCCGAACCGGAGGAAUCGCUUGACGACAAACUACAAGAGCCCGUUAUCACCGCUGUUCCCACUGUCGAAGCGAUUGAUACAUCUGUUGAGUCAAAUGCUGAGGAGAGCGACGCCGAGUCAGUGGACGUACGCGAUGUGGAGGCGCCGACCGAACGGACAGACUUCACGCAACUGUUCUCCACCGACAACAACAUGAGUGUCACAUCUGUUGUAUUCCAAGACAUAACUGCGCCGAAGGCCAGCCAACACACCGCCGAAGCCAUGUCUAUCACAUUGAAUUAUCCGUCAAAUGAGAUGUCAAUGAGUGGCUGCGACACCACUGCGGCUCAAGAGAAGACUCAGUGUUUUGCCGACGAAGGCCUUGACAUGACAUCCGUGUCGUCUCCUCAAGAGUUACGAGAACCAGUGGAUGAUAGGGACAGCUCUGCGGGCGAAACAAUGGCUCUCACUCUGAAAGACUCGUCCGAUCUAUCGAUGAGUAUCUGCGAUACCUCUGCCGCCGAUGAAGACAAUCAUAAAACAGUCAAUACAUCUGAUGUAUCGAUGAGUAUAUGCGACACUUCCGCCGAAGACAAGCAGAAGACGGCGGACCUAUCG